AUGCGUACCGUGUCGCGAUCAGUCGCCGCUGGACGCUCGCCCGUGAUCUGCAUGGCCGAGGGAGGCCGACAGGUGCCGCUGGAGGACUACCGCAACAUCGGCAUCAUGGCGCACAUCGACGCGGGCAAGACGACGACGACGGAGCGCGUGCUGUUCUACACGGGCAAGAACUACAAGAUCGGCGAGGUGCACGAGGGCACCGCCACCAUGGACUGGAUGGAGCAGGAGCAAGAGCGCGGCAUCACGAUCACGUCCGCCGCGACGACGUGCAUGUGGAACAACCACCGCAUCAACAUCAUCGACACGCCCGGCCACGUCGACUUCACGCUCGAGGUGGAGCGCGCGCUGCGCGUGCUCGACGGCGCCAUCUGCCUCUUCGACUCCGUCGCCGGCGUCGAGCCCCAAUCCGAGACGGUGUGGCGGCAAGCGGACAAGUACGGCGUGCCGCGCAUCUGCUUCGUGAACAAGAUGGACCGCCUGGGCGCCAACUUCUACCGCACGCGCGACAUGAUCGUCAGCAACCUGGGCGCCAACCCGCUGGUGCUGCAGCUGCCCAUCGGCGCGGAGGACGCGUUCCAGGGCGUGGUGGACCUCGUGCGCAUGAAGGCCAUCGUGUGGAACGGCGAGGAGCUCGGCGCGAGCUUCGAGUACCGCGACAUUCCCGAGGACCUGCAGGAGAAGGCCGCCGAGUACCGCGCGCAGCUCGUCGAGUCGGCGGUGGAGCUGGACGACGACGCGAUGGAGGCGUAUUUGGAGGGCGAGGAGCCGGACGAAGCCACUCUCAAGCGCCUCAUCCGCGUGGGCACGAUCGGGUCGUCGUUCGUCCCGGUGCUGUGCGGUACGGCGUUCAAGAACAAGGGCGUGCAGCCGCUGCUAGACGCAGUCAUCGACUACCUCCCCUCCCCGCUCGACCUCCCGCCCAUGAAGGGCUCCGACCCCGAGGAUCCCGAGAAGGCCCUCGACCGCCCCCCUAGCGACUCCGCUCCGUUCUCCGGGCUAGCGUUUAAGAUCAUGACUGAUACGUUUGUCGGGUCGCUGACGUUCGUGCGGGUUUACUCGGGCGUGCUGACGGCCGGGACGUACGUUAUGAACGCGAAUAAGAACCGCAAGGAGCGCAUCGGACGGCUGUUAGAGAUGCACGCGAACUCGCGCGAGGAUGUCAAGAUCGCUCGCACGGGCGACAUUAUCGCGCUCGCAGGGCUCAAGGAUACGAUCACGGGCGAAACGCUCUGCGACCCUGACGCGCCGGUUGUCCUGGAACGCAUGGACUUCCCGGACCCAGUCAUUAAGGUCGCUAUUGAGCCUAAGACUAAGGCGGAUGUGGAUAAGAUGUCCAACGGUCUGAUUAAGCUCGCGCAGGAGGACCCUUCUUUCCACUUCUCUCGCGACGAGGAGACGAAUCAGACGGUCAUCGAGGGUAUGGGGGAACUGCAUCUGGAGAUUAUCGUCGAUAGGCUGAAGCGCGAGUAUAAGGUGGAUGCUAACGUCGGCGCGCCGCAGGUUAACUACCGCGAGAGUAUCGGCCGGCCGGUGGAGAUUAAGUACACGCAUAAGAAGCAGUCGGGCGGGCAGGGCCAGUUCGCGGAGGUGGUGAUUAAGUUCGAGCCGCUGGAGCCGGGGAGUGGGUACGAGUUUAAGAACGAGAUCAAGGGCGGGACCGUGCCCAAGGAGUAUGUGCCGGGCGUGGUGAAGGGGCUGGAGGAGUGCAUGGGCAGCGGCGUGCUCGCUGGGUUCCCUGUCGUCGAUGUGCGCGCCACCCUCAUUGAGGGUUCGUACCACGAGGUUGAUUCCAGUGUCCUGGCGUUCCAGCUGGCGGCGCGCGGCGCGUUCAAGGAGGGCAUGGGCAAGGCGUCGCCGCGGCUGCUGGAGCCGGUGAUGAAGGUGGAGGUGAUCACGCCCGAGGACCACAUGGGUGACGUCAUCGGUGACCUCAACUCGCGCCGUGGGCAGAUCAACAGCUUUGGUGACAAGCCGGGUGGCAUGAAGGUGGUGGAUGCGCUGGUACCCCUAUCAGAGAUGUUCAACUAUGUGUCGAACCUGCGUGGCAUGACCAAGGGGCGAGCCAACUACACCAUGCAGCUCGCACAGUUUGACAUCGUGCCCACCAACAUCCAGAACCAAAUCACCGCCAAGGCUCAGGGCACUGCUGUCUAA